AAUACUAUAAUAAUUCCAAUUUAUCCGUCUGAUUUAUGUUUUUCUUCUAGCGGACUCGUGUAUUGCACCGCUCGUGCACGCGCGUGAAGCUUGUAGUUCAUUCUCACCUCCGAAGCUCCUCACUUGCACUGCCGGUGAACCGGAAAGUUCCCUCAAAGGUCAAAACUUUACGUUGAAAUUGGCCGAAGCAGACGACGAUGAAAGCGAUUUCACUCUCCCAAUCGACAAAUAGACCCGUCAACAAUUUGAAACCAAACCCACCUCGUUUUUUUCGCCCAAUCCCCAGGAAAACCCUCCGAAUCCUCUCGCUCUCAGCCGAUCCAUCGGCAAACCAGCGAACCCACUGGGCGCGUGACUCCCACGCGCCGCCGCUCGUCGUGGUUGGGUCGGCGAAUGCCGAUAUCUACGUGGAGAUCGAGAGACUACCAAAAGAAGGGGAGACCAUCUCGGCGAGGACAGGACAGACCCUCGCCGGCGGAAAAGGCGCGAACCAGGCAGCGUGCGGGGCGAAGUUGCUGUAUCCGACGUUCUUCGUCGGCCGUCUCGGAGACGACGCGCACGGGAAGCUGAUCGAGGAGGCUUUGGGAGCCGGGUGUGGGGUCCAGCUGGACUAUGUCCGGUCGGGGACGGAGGCGCCGACGGGGCACGCGGUGGUGAUGCUGCAGCCGGACGGACAGAACUCGAUCAUCAUUGUCGGCGGGGGAAACAUGAGUUCAUGGUCGGAGAACCUGAGCGAAGAUGAUCUGGAGGUCGUGAGGAAUGCCGGGGUUGUUCUUCUUCAGAGGGAAAUCCCUGAUUUUGUGAACAUUCAAGUUGCAAAGGCUGCGAAGAAAGCAGGUGUUCCAGUCAUUCUCGAUGUCGGGGGAAUGGAUGCACCGAUACCUCAAGAACUGUUGGAUUCCAUCGAAAUCCUGAGCCCGAAUGAAACCGAGCUAGCUCGCCUGACCAGAAUGCCUACCGACACAUUCGAACAGAUUAGCCGAGCCGUCACAAAGUGCCAUGACUUGGGAGUUAAGCAAGUUCUAGUGAAACUCGGUUCUAAAGGAUCAGCCUUGUUCGUCCAAGGGCGAAAACCGAUCCAGCAACCUAUAAUCCCGGCCCCAGAAGUCGUCGAUACGACAGGGGCCGGCGAUACUUUCACCGCGGCCUUUGCAGUGGCUAUGGUCGAGGCCAAGUCUCCUGAACAAUGCUUAAGAUUUGCCGCCGCGGCUGCUUCCCUUUGUGUUCGAGUGAAGGGCGCAAUUCCCAGCAUGCCUGAUCGAUCAUCCGUUAUAAACCUUCUUGAAUCUGAGUAGCCGCCAUUAAUGGCGUUCUCAUUGAAAGCGACCUCCUUCCGUGGUUGCCGUCGUUUUCUCUUCAUGGGUUUUAUGAUUCGAUCUAGGGUUUUUGUUUUCUCUCACUCCAAUGUGGUUCUGACAUCAUCGUCUUAAGACAUCAUUAGAUCAGUUCCUCCUUACUGCAGCUUGCUAAUGCUCGUUUUACGCGUGGAAAA